GGAAUGGAACUGCGACGAAACCAUGUAAAUAAUAAUAAUAGUGUAUUGUUGUUCUUUGGUAUAUUUUCACACACACUCUCUUCUGUAACUUACAAAAGAAUAUUCAUAAUCACGUUUGAAUAGCUCUUAGACACAAAUGAGUUGGGUUAUAAAUUAGUAAUUAACAAUGGCAUGUUACAAAUUAGACUAACAACAUUGUAGCAAAUCAAGCCGAUUAUAUUUUAUUUAAUUAGUAAAAGAUUAACACAACAAAAGAAACCUGAAAAUAGUUAAGUGGAGGGCCCCAUGACCACUAACAAAAACAUAUAAGCUCUUUUCGUUUUGUUACUCUCUCCAUUGAAUUCUGUCUUGAUCACUUUCGAUUCUCUCAAAAAAUCCCAUAACUUUCCCAACGAAAAAUGUUCCGAUCAAUGAUUGUUCGAUCUGCUUCCCCAGUGAAGCAGGGUCUUCUCCGCAGAGGAUUCGCCUCUGAAUCUGUUCCCGAUCGCAAAGUCGUCAUCCUCGGUGCCGCCGGUGGGAUCGGCCAGCCACUUUCUCUUCUCAUGAAGCUUAACCCUCUCGUCUCUUCUCUCUCCCUCUAUGAUAUCGCCAACACUCCCGGCGUUGCUGCUGACGUCGGUCACAUCAACACCCGAUCUCAGGUUUCUGGGUACAUGGGUGAUGAUGAUUUGGGGAAAGCUCUAGAAGGCGCUGACCUCGUCAUUAUUCCAGCUGGUGUCCCAAGGAAGCCUGGCAUGACCCGUGAUGAUCUUUUCAACAUCAAUGCUGGCAUUGUCAAGAACCUCAGCAUCGCCAUCGCCAAGUAUUGCCCACAAGCACUUGUCAACAUGAUCAGCAACCCUGUGAACUCCACUGUUCCAAUUGCAGCUGAGAUUUUUAAGAAGGCUGGUACCUAUGAUGAGAAGAAAUUAUUCGGUGUCACCACUCUUGAUGUUGUCAGGGCUAGGACUUUCUAUGCUGGAAAAUCGGAUGUCAAUGUUGCAGAGGUUAAUGUUCCAGUUGUUGGUGGUCAUGCUGGCAUCACGAUUCUUCCUCUCUUUUCUCAGGCUAGCCCUCAAGCCAACUUGUCGGAUGAUUUAAUCAGGGCCCUCACAAAGCGUACCCAGGACGGAGGGACAGAAGUCGUGGAGGCAAAAGCUGGAAAGGGUUCAGCUACAUUGUCAAUGGCCUAUGCGGGAGCACUCUUUGCUGAUGCAUGCUUAAAGGGACUCAACGGUGUUCCAAAUGUGGUGGAAUGCUCAUUCGUCCAAUCUACCAUCACCGAGCUUCCUUUCUUCGCCUCAAAGGUAAGACUGGGAAAGAACGGAGUGGAGGAAGUGCUAGAUCUAGGGCCACUCUCAGACUUUGAAAAGGAAGGCUUAGAAGCCCUCAAGGCAGAACUCAAAUCCUCUAUCGAGAAGGGCAUCAAAUUUGCCAACCAAUGAGUUUUUGCAUCUUGAAACUAUUGAUUUUGGACUAAACUUUAGGUUAAUGUUUGUCUUUCCAAUUUUCCGGUAGAGUUGUCUUCUUCCUCUGCGGAUUUUAUAAUUUCCCUUCAAUAAAUUCUCCAUUUCUGCUCUUGAGGAACCAACCAUUGGGAACUCUGUAAUAAAAAGAACAAGCUGUUGUGCUGCUAUGUUGGUUAUGAUUCGUUUUCCUUUUUCCUUAUUGUUUGCUAGAAAAAAGAAAGAAAAUAAUAAAUCGUUGUGAGUUGCAUUAUUUGGGCAACUACUACUACUAUUCAUAAGUUGCA